AUGACUAACGCCAUUUGCAGACCACUCGUCGUUCGGGAAAGCACAAUAUCUGCUAUCGAUUGGACUGCUUUCUUCCUCAACGGCACGGCUCUCGAGCUCGCCGCUGGCACGACCCACAACCUUGACCUUCAAGCAGAUGUUCAUUCCACGGCGUUCCUCAAAUGGUGUUUCAAAGCCGAUUCUGUAACCAGCCUCGAGAUGAAAAUGACCUUCUCGGAGGGCUAUGAAUCAGAGCCACGAUCGUAUCCAUUCUUCAGAACUAAGAACGACAGGCUCGACUGGAAGAGUGGUCAUCUGAUUGGACCAUACGACAAGGUAGUGCUGGACCUUCCUGCCAAUCAGGUCGUAACAUAUGAGCCAUUCUGGUUCCGCACGUUCCGCAUCAUGCGCAUAGAACUCUCCGUCGGCGCAGUUUCGCUGUCUCUGCAAUCUUUUACAGCUACACAGACGAACUACCCUUUGGCUGUCAAGGCAAGCUGGGAUGACACGAGUGAUGAGGACGGUGCCGAAAUCUGGGACGUCUCUGUGCGAACAAUGCGUAAUUGCAUGUUCGAUGGCUACUCAGAUUGUCCCUUCUACGAACAGCUUCAGUGA